AUGGCAGCAGCAGUCUCGUUUCUGCGAUACUCAGUUCCUUCGCGGGUCUUCUCGUAUCCGACCCGUCUCAUCCGGGUCACACCCACUUUUGCACGCUUCUCUUCCUCCACCGCGUCUACUCCUUCUCUCUCCUCCGACCUUUCCCUCCCCGAGAAAUGGGAAUCGUAUCGGAAGAAGAAGGUCGUCAUCCGAAUUGGGUACGUGGGCACCGAUUAUAGAGGUCUGCAGAUUCAAAGAGACGACCCUUCUCUCAAAACUAUUGAAGGGGAACUUGAGGUUGCUAUAUACAAGGCUGGUGGGAUUCUAGAGAGUAACUAUGGUGAUCUUCACAAGAUUGGUUGGGCUAGAAGUAGCCGAACUGAUAAAGGAGUAAGCUUUUUUUUUUUUUUUUUUUUUUUUAUCUCUAGUUGGGAAGAUGUAUUGAAAAAGCUUUGCAUCUUUUGUAGGAGAUUUGAUCCACGAAGGGAAUGUACACUUCGGAUGUAUUCUUACCUCCUUCCUGUUGAUGUUAUUGGGGUUAAGAAUAGCUUUACUUCUGAUGAGAUUGACAAUCACCUUUCAGAUUUCAACGAGAUUUUGAAACAGUUCGAGGGUGACUAUCCUUUCCAUAACUAUACACAACGGUCAAAGUACAGAAGGAAAGCCCAACAAAAGAUAACACAAAGAAACGGACGCCCUCCAAAGAAGCCUAAAUCAAUCGAAGCAUCAGAGUUUACAGAGGAAAACAACAGAGAAACUGUAGAAGAAAAAGUUCAAGAAGAAGAAGAAGAAGAAGAAGAGGAAGCAGGUGGUGAAUCUAAUGAAGAUGUUGCUAAUAUUCAGGCGUACAUCCGUGCUAAAUGGCUACAUGAGCCAGAUGAAACGGAUAAGCUGAGUGCUGCUCAUUUCAGAAAAGUGUAUCGAUGCAGUUGUGGAAAGCUGGAGAAUUCACUUGGAUUCGGCUUUGUUGAGAUCUCCAUAUGGGGAGAAUCAUUCAUGUUACAUCAGAUACGGAAGAUGAUUGGAACAGCUGUGGCAGUGAAGAGAGAGCUGCUUCCAAGAGACAUCAUAAGAUUAUCUCUGAACAAGUUCACAAGAAUAGUUUUGCCUUUGGCCCCAUCUGAAGUACUGAUCCUUAGAGGAAACAGCUUCGAAGUGCCUAAAUCGCCUGCAAAUUUCCGGAAGAGGCCGGAGAUAAAAGCAAUGGAGGAAUCAGAGGAAGUGGAGAAAGAGGUGGAGGAGUUUUACAGAGGGGUGAUGGUUCCACAGGUGAGUAGAUUCCUGGAUUCAGAGGAAGCUCCAUGGAAAGAGUGGCUUGAGCAUUUGGAGAGGAACGAUGGUAUGAUUGAUGAGCAAUUGGAAGAUGUACGAAGAGGUUGGGAGGAGUGGAAGGCAAAGCCAAGGGUUAUGACGAGGAAGACAGAAGGUGGUAAAGAGUUUGGUUCUGUUUCAGUAGCUGUUCAUCAGGCUCUGCAUUAGUCACAUUUAUAUUUAGACCAAAGUCAUGUUCAGGAUUAUUGUUUACUUCACAUUGACUCUCACUGUCUCAGAAAUUAUUAUUUCUUUCAUACUUUUGAGGAUGGCACUUUAAAUUUAUUGAGCUCUUU